UUCACACUUCUACCACUAAAAAAAAAAAUCGCGUCAAAAAAUCGAAAUAUUAAAAAAAUUUCUUUUUCCAAUAAAUUUCUAUCUUUAAAAAAAGUAAAUCCUUUAAAAAAUAAUCUGAGUAAAAGUUUAAAUCAUAUUUUAAUUGCUUUGAAUAACGAAAAAGUGAUUGGUUUUGUGAAAAUUUGUGUAAAAUAGCCAGAAGUUUUUUCAAUUUUUUUUUUUCAUUUUCAUUUUAUACACCACGGACGGAUCGAGGAGUGCGUAACCACAAAAAAGUAAAAACGAAAAAAAAAAAAAAGAAAACGCAAAGGCGAAAAUUUUUUUUUUUUGGUAUUUUAAGGAAAAGAAUAUUAUAAAUAUUCUAAUUUUUUUUACCGUAAUUACAGAAUAAAUUAUCGAAAUCGCGGAUUCUGUAAAUUAUAAAAAAAAAAUAUUAUAUACAUAUAUAAAAUUAGAACAUUAUAAUAACACAGAAUAUUGGGGAAAAAAUACAACCAAUCGUUUUCGUAUGCUUAGACUAUGUCUGAAAAUUUGUUCAAGAGAUUUACAUAGCUAUGGCUGCGACGAGAAAGUUGCAAGGAGAAAUAGAUAGAUGUCUUAAAAAAGUGACAGAAGGAGUGGAAACAUUUGAAGACAUUUGGCAAAAAGUACACAAUGCGACGAAUAGUAAUCAAAAGGUUGUCGAAAAAUAUGAGGCCGACCUUAAGAAGGAAAUCAAAAAGUUGCAACGGCUGCGCGAUCAGAUUAAAUCAUGGAUCGCGUCCGCAGAAAUCAAGGACAAAAGUGCACUCUUAGAUAAUAGGCGACUUAUUGAAACUCAAAUGGAGAGAUUUAAAAUUGUUGAACGUGAAACAAAAACAAAAGCGUAUUCAAAAGAAGGUUUAGGAGCUGCACAAAAAUUAGAUCCAGCGCAACGGGUUAAAGAUGAAAUUCGAAAUUGGCUUAAAGAAUCAAUUAGUUCGUUACAAAUACAAAUUGAUCAAUAUGAAAGUGAAAUAGAAUCCCUACUAGCAGGCAAAAAGAAAAGAUUAGAUCGUGAUAAACAGGAUCGAAUGGAUGAAUUACGUGCAAAAUUGGAUCGGCAUAAAUUUCAUAUUACAAAACUCGAAACAUUAUUAAGAUUAUUGGAUAAUGAUGGUGUUGAAGUUAAACAGGUGGCCCGUAUAAAAGAAGAUGUUGAAUAUUACAUAGAAUCCUCGCAGGAUCCAGAUUUUGAAGAAAAUGAAUAUAUGUACGAUGAAAUUAUUGGUCUAGAUGAGGUCGAAUUAUCAGGAACAGGGAUUCCAUCUUCUGCGACAACAGACAGUAAUAAUAGUAAUGAAACUGGUGGUUCGCCUAGCAGUUGUGUUUCAGGUGGUAGUCCUGUUCAAUCUCCGGCCGCAUUAAACUGUAGUAAUGCGAACAAUCUUAACUACAGCAGUGAUUCAACGUCGGUUGAGUUUACAUCAGCCGAUAAACGUAAUAAAAAUGAAAAUAAUGCCAGUAGUAAAGUGAAACAACCUGUUAAACCAACAGCGGUAAGGGCUAAUAAUAAAGCGGAUGCAAAUUCAAAUUCUUCGUCAUCGAACAAUUCUAGCUCUGUGCAGUUGACACAGCAGCAGCAUACAACACAACCGCAGUCGCUGUCAGUGGCGGCAACAGUUGCGGUGGCCGCAGCGACAACUCAACAAGCCCAACUGCAGCAGCAGCAACAGCAACAAAAUAAAAAUAUAAUUAGUUCUACACCUAGUAAAAACCAAUCUCAUGGUACGAAUAAUUCAUCAAUUGGAACUGGUAAUAGUACAUCAGCAACAUCUGCGGUUGCUGCAGUAAAUAGCAUUAACCAACAGCAGCAGCAACAAAAUUCGACUGGUGUGGGUAAUCAUACAUCAUCUGCAUCAUCGAAUAUUCAGGCUCAAUCUGUGAUUCAACCUACACAACCAAUAAUUGCAUUUGCAGCUGUAGCGAAAAACAAUACAUAUUCCUCUUCGACGCAUAACAGCACUUCCAAUAGUAACAGUAUAGGAAAUAAUAAUGCGACAUCGAUAACGACAGCUGUGGCAAAUAGUAAUUCAUCAAAUGUCGUAGGGAAUAGUACACUUGUUAAUUGUAUUUCACCAAAUCCAUUGACAAAUAGUAAUAGUGCGGCACGAGCUUCACCAGGACUUGUUUCGCCUAAACAACAACUGGCAAAUGGCACACUCCUUAAUCAUAAUAGUAAACAGCCUGGUAUUAUACCUGUAUCAGGUUCAACUACACUUAACUCUAACAACCUUGAUGCGAUGUCAACGCUUAAAACGAUGGCACAAGAGGCCAUUAACCGUGCUUCAACAGAUUCAACAUUACAAGCAGCGCCAACGCCUGCUGAUACAAGACAACAUCAACAGCAACAACAACAACAGCAGCAGCAACAACAACAGCAACAGAAUCAACAGACAGCACCUUCAUCUCAGCAACAACAAUCGUCUACCCAGCAUUUUUCACCAGCCGUUACGGAUACAACUGCCAAUCAAAAUGCAAACGGCCCAACGCAAGCACCACAACAGCAACAGACUGGUACUGCGGCAUCAGUUGUUAGCGGUACAGCAAAUAUAUCAGCAGUUGGUGCAACAACAAAUGCUGGCUCUUUAGGAGUUGGUGGCGGUACAUCACAAGGUAAUGUCACCAAUGUUAGUGGUAAUAAACAGAUGCAAGUUGGUACAAAUGAAGCAUAUAUUCCACCAUUACUUGGUGUCGCUCCAUUAGGAACAUCGCCAUUACAUAAAGAGCAUCAAAUGCAAUUCCAAAUGAUGGAAGCUGCAUAUUAUCAUUUGCCCACUCCGAGUGAUUCCGAAAAAUUAACAACGUAUUUACCAAGACAACCUGUACAGACACCAGCCCAUUAUCCACAGACUCAACUUCCACAUUCGGAUACCGUUGAAUUUUUCCAACGCUUAUCAACCGAAACUCUAUUCUUUAUAUUUUAUUAUAUGGAAGGAUCCAAAGCGCAAUACUUAGCUGCUAAAGCGCUUAAAAAACAAAGCUGGAGAUUUCAUACGAAAUAUAUGAUGUGGUUUCAACGCCAUGAGGAACCAAAAGUAAUUAAUGAUGAAUUUGAACAAGGUACAUAUAUUUAUUUUGAUUAUGAGAAGUGGGGCCAGCGUAAAAAAGAGGGGUUCACGUUUGAAUAUCGAUUCUUAGAAGACAAGGAUCUUAAUUGAUAAAAAUUUGUAAAAUACAAUAUAAUAACAAUUUUUGAAAAAACAUUAAAAAAAAAAUUAAAAAAAUUGCAAAAAUUUAUUUAAAAACAAAAACAAGAAAAAAUUUUAAAAAAACUUUUAAACAAAAACAAAAUGAAGAAGUUAAAUAUAAAAAAUAAAAUUAAUUAAUAAAAAA